UCCCACAGUGGAUGCAGGACACUGGUCCUGAGCUCUGCCGGCAGACACAAGUGGCCGCGAUCAUCGCGAGGACAAUCAGAAAUUACCAUCUGGGAUCACAAUUCUUUCCUUGUUGUUUUUUUCUUCUUCUUUUUCUUCUUCUUUUCUUCUUCUUCUUAUCCUUCUUCUUCUUCUUCUUGUUCUGGCUUUCUCCCCCCUCCCACACCACCUCCAAAUCCUUCGCUAAUUCCCCCUGAUUCAUGACAGCAUGGCGAAGGUCGGACUUGCACAUUUGGGAUGAUUUUAACAAUGGUUCGAUUCAAAUGUACAUUUCCACGGAGCUGCAGCUGAGGUUUCAUUUAAAGUCCGACUGGAUUCUCACAGCGUGAUGGAUACAAAUGAGUUCGCAGUACUGAAACUUUUUGUUGUUGGGAUUUUGGUCAAUGCCUGGAUGAUGAGAGGGUUGUCAGCCGCAGACAGUUUCAACAUAGAGCCCACUCCCCCCCGGCCGAGGAAAGCCUGCAAUGAGUCCCGUCUGAAGUGGGAGGUGGAGGUCUGUGGAGAGGAAUUCAAGCGGGACAUGGGUCACAUAGAUCCACACUACUGGUGUAACCUUACACACUUCAUCAGUGAGUACCACCUCUUCACCAUCUGCACAGAGACAAAGUCCCACAUGGUCAGCUGCUACUGGCCCAAUCCGCUGGUAGAGAGCUACAUUAUCCGCAUACACAAGCACUUUUUCUCCAACUGCACCAUGGACCAGGUGGUUUGGGUGGACCCGCCGGAUGACACGUUAACUCUCCUCAUCCUCAUCCCUGUUUUCCUCACACUGGCCAUGAUCGCCCUGGUGGUCUGGUGCAGCAAGAGGAGUGAUAUCCUGGCUUAGGAGGAGGGGGAAGACGGAAGAGGAUGGAGAAGUGCGGAUGAAGGACGGAGUUCAAGAUCUCAACCUCUCCACUAAAACUAUACUGUACAAAGGAGUGCAUAGAGGUUUUGGUUGGUUGGUCAAAUUACCCUAUAAGUGGGGCUGCAAACCACCUUAACCUUCUGUGGAAAUGAGGAAAGUAGUACCUGGUAGUACAAAGUAACAUUUUCUUUCAUAUUUAAAUAGGUUAUGUGAUUUUUCACAGUUCUGACAUUGACUCAACAUGUUCAACUGUUCAACUUAACAGUUGCAUUUUUGGGAAAUACUUAUUUUUCUUGCACUGUAAAUAUGUAGCCAGAGCCAACAGCUGGUUAUUUUAGCUUAGCAUAAAGAAUGGAAACAGGGGGAACAUGAUGUGAAAAAUCACAACGUGUCACUUUUACACUUUGGUUUUAGUACGGAUUUAACAAACAAGAUAAAACAUGUCAGUUGGUGAGCUUUACAGGUGUACUGUAGGUUGAUUUUGUUAGCUUUGGACAGAGCCAUGCUAGCUGUUUCCCCUUGUUUCCAGCCUUAAGCUAAGUUAAGCUAACCAGCUGCUGACUGUAGCUUCUUAUGUAGCGUACAUGCGGGAAAGUGGUAUAAAUCGUCUCAUUUAGCAUAUUUCCAAAAAUGUCUAUUCCUUCAAGACACAGAGGACUGUGGUCGUUUGACAUCAGUUAUUGGGUAAACUGACCAGAGGGAAAAUCAACCAAAUCUUGGUGCAUUCUUUAAAGCGCAUGGAUCCAGAGCGUUGACAUCGGAGAAUCUUGUCAGAGCACUGAACUGUUGCUGAAGGGCAAAGUAUCCACCAAGCAUCAGAGGCAAUGACCAAAGUCUAAGCUGGUGGGAAAAGAGACUCUCAGAGGACACCAUUUGUUAAAUAUUUUAACAUAAUACCGUAUGAUGGCUUGGAUUUUUUUUAAAGAAGCCAAAUUUGGACUUAAUAUUGAUUCUGCAAAUUUGAUCUUACUGUUGAGUUACAGAAUUGAUCGUCACCACUGCAACAGAUACACUAGUGUGCAACCAAAAGACAAGGCAACAUAAUGAUUCAUUUUGGGACUUACAUUUCUUGUGUGACUACCUGAGCCUCAUGGGACUGUUUUAUAACAGUGUAACUUAUCAGAUACUGUUCUAUAAAUUACUGUUAAUACUCACAAAGAGGGGGUUCUCAAUGGAAAAAAAGAAAUAUGAACUGACAUUGAGACCUCGUACUGUACAGUCAUGCUCUCUGUUUGUGCUGUCUACUGUUUCUGCAUUGCCUCUCCAGCAUUACCCAGACAAGUGAGAAAUACACACUGAUGCUUUGAAGUGAAUUCCUUUGGGGAAAGGCUUGAUUUAAUGUACACACUUCAUUGGUUCUUUGAACUGCAGUCCUCAACAGCCACGAGGCAAACUAAACCAAGCACUGCUUUUUUAUUUUCUUCCAAAGCAAAGUUUGUCAGCUCUCACCUGCACACUUUUGUCUAUGGAACUGAUUAAAUCUCUCUUAAAAUAA